AUGCUUUCAAGAAUUGGAUCUAGAAAUAAAGCAGCUAGCACCGUUAGAAGGCUCGCUGGCGAUUUGGUUCUGAGAUCUCGACAACUGCAUGCCUCGGCUGUGUUCUCCCAGGCUCAGAUUCUGUCUGGUACCAAACUCGCCAAGAGCAUAAGAUCGAAGGUCUUUGAAGAAAUCAACGUCUUCAAGGCCACUCAUCCUGAGUUCCAGCCUGCUGUCACUAUCAUUCAAGUUGGUAACAGACCUGAUUCUUCUGCAUAUGUCCGCAUGAAGCUCAAGGCUGCAAGUGAAUCGGGAAUUAUCUGUAAUGUUAUCAAAUUACCUGAAGACACGGCCGAGCCAACCUUGGUCAACCGCAUUCAUAAACUCAACAACGACAGUUCUGUUCACGGGAUCCUGGUUCAAUUGCCUCUUCCAAGCCACAUUGACGAAACUCACAUUACAAACAGCGUUUCAAUCUUGAAAGAUGUUGACGGUUUUGACAGAUUCAAUGUAGGUGAACUUGCUAAAAAAGGUGGAAAUCCUACUUUCCUUCCAUGUACUCCCAACGGCUGUAUGAAACUGUUGGAAGCCUCUGGAGUCGAAUUAAGUGGUAAGUCUGCUGUAGUCCUUGGAAGAUCUGACAUUGUUGGCACUCCUGUUGCCCAACUUUUGAAUAAGGCCAAUUGCACUGUUACCAUAUGUCACUCUCGUACACCCAACAUCGCAGACAUCGUCAAGAACUCUGAUAUUGUUGUUGCUGCCAUUGGAAAAGCAAACUUUGUGAAAGGUGAAUGGUUGAAACCUGGUGCUGUUGUUAUUGACGUCGGUAUUAAUUACGUUCCUGAUUCUACCAAGAAAUCCGGUCAACGAUUAGUUGGUGAUGUUGAGUUUGAGUCUGCCAAAGAGAAGGCUUCUGUAAUUACUCCAGUUCCAGGUGGAGUGGGGCCUAUGACUGUGGCCAUGUUGGUUUCAAAUAUUGCUCAUGCUGCUAAGCUUCAAUUGAAGAACGACUUGAAGCCAGCUAAGAUUUAUGCAAACCCACUGGAGCUUAAGACCCCUGUUCCUUCUGAUAUAGAGAUUUCCAGAGCCCAGGAACCACGAUAUAUCAAAGAUAUUGCUACAGACUUGGGUAUCAAAGACAAAGAGCUAGAAUUGUACGGUCACUACAAGGCGAAAGUUUCCCUCGACGUUUACGACAGAUUAGCUGAAAACAGAGAAAAUGGAAACUAUGUGUUAGUUGCCGGGAUAACUCCAACUCCUCUUGGUGAAGGAAAAUCUACCACUACAAUGGGUUUAGUUCAAGCUUUGGGUGCUCAUUUGAACCUUGCGGCUGUUGCUAAUGUUAGACAACCAUCAAUGGGGCCUACUUUCGGUGUCAAAGGUGGUGCUGCUGGAGGAGGAUACGCUCAAGUUAUUCCUAUGGAUGAAUUCAACAUGCACUUGACUGGUGAUAUCCAUGCCAUUGGCGCUGCAAACAACUUGCUUGCCGCUGCUUUAGAUACCAGAAUUUUCCAUGAGACUACUCAGAAGGACGCAGUUUUCUACAAGAGAUUGGUUCCUGCUAAAAAAGGAGUGAGGAAGUUUACUCCUUCAAUGCUUAAGCGUUUGGAAAAGUUAGGCAUCAACAAGACUGACCCAGACUCUUUAACGCCCGAGGAGGCAACUAAGUUUGCCAAACUGAACAUUGAUCCUCAGACAAUCACUGUUAAACGUGUCUUGGAUGUGAACGAUAGAUUUGUUCGUCAAGUUACCAUAGGAGAGGCCCCAACCGAAAAGGGACACACCCGGAAGACAGGUUUUGAUAUAACAGUUGCCUCUGAAGUUAUGGCUAUCUUGGCCCUCUCAAAGGACCUAAAAGACUUGAGAUCUCGUGUUGGAGCCAUUGUUGUAGCCUCAAGUUACGAAGGGGUUCCUAUAACCGCCGAAGACUUAGGAGUUGCUGGUGCCCUGACCGCUUUGCUUAAGGAUGCUGUAAAACCUAAUCUGAUGCAAACAUUAGAGGGAACUCCAGUAUUUGUUCACGCAGGACCAUUUGCCAACAUUUCCAUUGGAGCUUCUUCGGUUAUAGCUGAUCGUGUUGCUCUGAAGUUAAUUGGAGCUUCAAAAAGUGAUGUCGUUGCUAAAUCUGAGAAGGGUUUUGUUGUCACCGAAGCUGGUUUCGAUUUCACAAUGGGUGGAGAAAGAUUCUAUAAUAUUAAGUGUAGAGCGUCCGGUUUAAAACCCAACACUGUUGUAUUGGUGGCCACUAGUCGUGCUUUGAAGUUGCACGGUGGUGCCCCUGAUGUGAAGCCAGGACAAGCUCUUCCUGAAGAAUACACUACUGAAAAUGUUGAACUGGUUCGUCGUGGUUGCGCCAACCUGGCCAAACAAAUUUCUAAUGCAUCUCAAUAUGGCGCACCAGUUGUCGUUGCUAUCAAUCAAUUUGAGACUGAUUCUCCUGCAGAGUUGGCUGUAAUUAGAGAAGAGGCCCUGAAAGCCGGAGCCUUUGAUGCUGUUCCAUCGAACCAUUGGGCUGAAGGUGGUAAAGGUGCCGUUGAGCUUGCUAAGGCAGUUGUUUCUUCUUGUGCCUCCUGUCCUGAGCCAAAUGCCGAGCAAUCUGAGCUAUAUUCCCUUGACAACAACACCAUUGAGGACAGACUUAAUAUAAUUGUUCGAAAAAUGUACAAUGGUAAUGGAAUAGAACUGAGCGAGCUGGCAAAGACACAAAUUGCUCGCUAUGAAGCUCAAGGUUUUGGAAACUUACCUAUUUGUAUUGCUAAGACUCAGUAUUCACUGUCUCAUGAUCCUUCCCUCAAAAACGUCCCAAGCGGAUUUACGGUUCCAAUUAGAGAAGUUCGUUUGAGUGCAGGAGCUGGAUACUUGAGUUGUCUUGCUGCUGCGAUCAUGACAAUCCCAGGGCUACCUACUCAUCCAGGAUAUCUCAAUGUUGAAGUUAAUGACGAAGGAGAGAUUGAGGGAUUAUUUUAG